AUGGAAAGUUCUGUAGAGACCCGAUGCUUGCAACAGCAAACAAUUUCUCUUUUUCGGGUCUCAACAUCCCAGGGAAUACAUGAAAUCAAGUUGGAUCAAAUAGGUUUAAACUCACCACACAUUCAUCCUCGUGCCACAGAGAUUCUAGCAGUCCUGGAAGGCACCCUGUAUGUUGGUUUUGUAACAUCAAAUCCCAAUCGCCUCAUUACAAAAGUUCUAAAUGCAAGAGAUGUUUUUGUAUUUCCAAUUGGUCUCAUGCACUUUCAAUUCAACAUUGGAAACACUAAUGCAAUUGCUAUUAUUGGACUAAGCAGCCAAAAUCCAGGAGUCAUCACAAUUGCAAAUGUAGUGUUUGGAUCCAAUCUGCCAAUUAACCCUGAUGUUCUAGCCAAGGCUUUCCAAUUGGACAAGAAUGUGGUGAACUAUCUUCAGAAACAGUUCUGGCUCAACAACCAUUAG